GAUGCUAACCUUUUGUCAGGUUUGUGACAAACAUUUUUUUCCAGUGUCUUUGCCUGUUGAUUUUGUCCCCAUUUCCUUGGACAGAAAUUCUAAAUUAUUAAGCGGUCAAAUGUAGCAAUAUUUUCCAUAGUGGUUUGUUUUUACUGGACAACAUACUGUAGUAGGCUGGCAAGCGGUGUGCUUUGAGGUUAUUUAGUGCAAUCUGUGACUUUAGGCUAGUAGGCCAAUUGCUUAGCUUCUAAGUCUUGUUAUAACACCGUAUUUUUCAUUUGUGAAAUAGGGACAAAUGGGGCACCAAAUAUGUCACAGACUAUUGUGAGGAUUAAUGAAAUGAAGAAUGUAAAAUGUUAGCAUGCACCUUAAACACGCAGCAUAUGGUUAAGGACCAGACCGUAGUUCACUAUUUUCAUGUUGAGAGUUUCUCUCCGUUCGGGUAUGGCCUAAAGUUUCUCAAAUAUUUUAAAUUUUGUAUUCUUCAUAAAUUGAUUUUGGUGCACCAAACAACUUUUUGUAUAACUAAAGUCAAUUUUGAGUUUUCGGUUAGCUAGCAACCUCCAAGGCAGCCGAGAAGUAUCUGCCUACCAGCAGCCAUCAAGGGAUACAAGGCUAUGACCGGCGGGGCGGAGCCUCGCCCUGGCUGGGAGUGGGCGGGGCGCGCCUUGGAGCCGCCCCCGGAGCCCCCGCCCCGCCCCUCUGCCUCUCCUGCCUGGGGUUCUUGUGAAUCUCAGGCGCUGGGGCUGCGCUGUGGACUCCGCUGGUCUGUCCUGCACUAUCCUCGACUGCCACCCCAAAGACAAGCAUCUGGAGAAAUGGCCGCUCAGUGUGUCACAAAGGUGGAGCUGAAUAUUUCCUGUAACAAUCUUUUGGAUACCGAUGUAGGGUCAAAGUCAGACCCUCUAUGUGUGUUAUUUUUGAAUACAAGUGGUCAACAGUGGUAUGAGGUUGAACGCACAGAAAGGAUUAAGAAUUGCUUGAAUCCCAAAUUUUCCAAGACGUUUAUUAUUGAUUACUACUUUGAAAUUGUUCAGAAAUUGAAAUUUGGGAUUUAUGACAUUGACAAUAAAACUAUCGAGCUGAGUGACGAUGACUUCUUAGGAGAAUGUGAAUGUACCCUUGGACAAAUUGUUUCCAGUAAGAAGCUAACUCGACCACUGGUGCUUAAAAAUGGCAAACCUGCAGGGAAAGGGAGCAUUACGAUUUCAGCUGAAGAAAUAAAGGACAAUAGAGUGGUUUUGUUUGAAAUGGAAGCCAGAAAACUGGAUAAUAAGGAUCUGUUUGGAAAGUCAGACCCGUACCUGGAGUUCCACAAGCAGACAUCUGACGGAAACUGGCUAAUGGUUCAUCGAACAGAGGUUGUUAAAAACAACUUGAAUCCUGUUUGGAGACCUUUUAAAAUUUCUCUUAACUCUCUGUGCUAUGGAGAUAUGGAUAAAACAAUUAAGGUAGAGUGCUAUGAUUAUGACAAUGAUGGGUCACAUGAUCUCAUUGGAACAUUUCAAACCACCAUGACCAAACUGAAGGACGCCUCCAGAAACUCACCUAUUGAAUUUGAAUGCAUAAAUGAAAAAAAGAGGCAAAAGAAAAAAAGCUACAAGAAUUCAGGUGUUAUCAGUGUGAAACAGUGUGAGGUUGGUUUUAUCAGUGUGAAACAGUGUGAGAUUACAGUAGAAUGCACAUUUCUUGACUAUAUCAUGGGAGGAUGUCAACUUAAUUUUACCGUGGGAGUGGACUUCACUGGCUCUAAUGGUGACCCAAAAUCUCCAGACUCCCUUCAUUUCAUCAGCCCCAAUGGUGUAAAUGAGUAUUUGACUGCUAUCUGGUCAGUGGGACUGGUCAUUCAAGAUUAUGAUUUUGAUAAGAUGUUUCCAGCUUUUGGUUUUGGAGCCCAGAUACCUCCUCAGUGGCAGGUAUCCCAUGAAUUUCCAAUGAAUUUUAACCCAUCCAAUCCCUAUUGUAAUGGAAUCCAAGGCAUUAUAGACGCCUAUCGGGCUUGUCUUCCUCAGAUAAAACUCUAUGGACCAACUAAUUUUUCUCCAAUCAUAAACCAUGUGGCCAGAUUUGCUGCUGCAGCCACCCAGCAGCAGACCGCUUCUCAAUAUUUUGUACUCUUGAUCAUUACUGAUGGUGUGAUCACAGACCUUGAUGAAACCAGACAGGCCAUAGUUAAUGCUGCCAAGCUGCCCAUGUCCAUCAUCAUCGUUGGAGUUGGAGGUGCUGACUUCAGUGCCAUGGAGUUUCUGGAUGGUGACAGUGGAAGUCUUCGCUCACCAUCGGGCGAGGUGGCCAUCAGAGAUAUUGUCCAGUUUGUGCCUUUCAGACAGUUUCAGAAUGCACCAAAAGAAGCACUCGCCCAGUGUGUCUUGGCGGAAAUUCCCCAGCAGGUGGUGGGCUACUUCAACACCUACAAGCUCCUUCCUCCCAAGAACCCAGCUACCAAAUAAGAGGAAAUCAGAGGAGCUGUGACCACUUCAGUAGAGUUCUGCUGUACUUUGUGGAGCAAUGCCAUCUUUCACCUGGAACCUUGUGUCUGUUAUUUUGCAUACUCUUCACUUCUAACAUUUAUCAUGUAAACUUACUUCUAUAGAGAUUAUAUCUGUUUAAAUCAUUCUUUUAUACUCUUUUUGGGGGGACAGUGCCAAGUCUAUCUUGGCUCAAUCUAUUCAAUGAUUGCUAGUGACUUACAGUAAUUGCAAGAAGCCUAUUUGGAUUAGAAACUAGUGUAGCAAAAGCUGAUUUUGUUGUUUUUGUUUUUUCCUUUCAUAUGAUGAAAAUGCUGUUUUUAAAAGUUUGUCAUAAAGAAUGAAAGAUUGUUAGGAUGAUGUGAUCUGUACAUUGCUGUACUUGGUUCAUAGUAUAAGUUUUACAAGCCAGUGUCCAUACCUGAUUAUGAGAGCUUCUUCAAUUAGAUGAGAUUGAAUUUAUUCCUGGAACUCUGUGUUCUGUGCUUUUAUCUUUAAUUGCAUCUGAUUUUUGCUGCAUUUUAGACACUACAGUUUACAAAAUAGCAUGCUCUCACACGAGACUUCGUGAAAGUACUGACCGCAGGAAAGACAAAUACUCAAUUCUUAAAGUAUAUAAUCGACAAGUCAAAAAAAACCCUCAUGUAAGUAAGCCAUUUUUAUUUGCCUUUCUAGAUAUUUUAUUUUCAUUUUAGAAAACUGUAAUCAUGGUCAGAUUCAGCCUUCUCAUUGACUGAUGUGACACUCAGGAUUCUGUAGGUGCAUAGAUGAUAGAUUGUAGUGGAAUCUACAUUAAUAAAUUAGUUUAAAUGAGAUUCUUUAAAAUGGAGAUAACUGCUUUAUCCAGGAAAGCUAUGAGGACCAAACACAUAAAGUGAAAUUCAGAAUUUCAUUUCUUUAUAAUUAAACAUUUUACUUAUUUAAAAAAAAAAAAAAAAAGACAGUUUUUAUAUCCUUGCUAAGGUCCUGUGCAUUGAUUUGUGCAGAUUCAUUUAGACAUUUUCUCCUUUUUUUAAGUGGCAUUUUGGUGUGAUUUUUAAACUCAUAUUUCUGGUUAUCAAUCAAAAUCAUAUUUUGCAUUUUAAUUAAGUGUGCUAUUCCUAAGUCUGGAAUGUAUUGUAAUACGCAUAAAAACUGUUGUAACUUAAAAACAGAAAAAACAAACAAAAAAUAACUUUUCUAAUUGCUACAGUAAGAAAGAGUGUACUUUACAUGCUUUUUUUUUUUUUAGAGUAGAAUUUUUUUUCUAACUUGUACCCUUUUACAACAUAUUACCUAGGAUACAUGACAUUUUUAGAAUAGAUUCAGUAACAUUUUAUUGAGGACCUGUGUGCUAAGUACUGUGCAUAUCCGUAUAUUGGCCAAUUAUCUUCAGUAAUUUAAUGUUUAAAAUUGUGUGUUUAUCACAUACCCUAAAGUGGAUGUACACAGUGCCAUUUGACUUGCUGCCCUGCACCACAGCACAUGUUUCUUGCUCUCUGCAAUGUCUGAAGAAAGUGAGCUGUCAGCUGUGAAUGGCUUUGUCUUCUCAGAAACAUUGUCACUGCAAAGGUCAGGCUGAGAGGGAACCUGCCUGCUAUCCUUUUCUAGCCCAGGUAAGGAGUUGCCUACCUCCUUCCUGCUUGGCUAGCCGGCCUCUAGAUAUUUGCUGUUAACUGGAAGGUACCUAACUAGGAGUCUGCUACUCUGCAGUGUGGCUUACUAGUCAACAAGUCAUUUUAAAAUUACCAAAAAGGGAGAAGGAAACGGAUCAUUUUUCCAAUUAUUUGGAGCUGCAGUUGUCUCAGAUUGUCUCAGAUGUCCUAUUUGAGUUCUUUUUGUGUGUGGGUAACAGCAUGGCUAUAUUGUUCUGGUUUUCAGAUUUUUUCUUUUAAUCAUAGAAAACUUUUUGUACAGGCGGUCUCUGAUUAGAAGUAUCCUACGGAUGUAUGACUCACUUACAAAUGAAGGCUAUUGUGGGUAAUAGGUAAACAUACCUGUUCCAACUUACAUACAAACUCAACUUAAGAACAAACCUACAGACCCUAUCUCAUUUGUAACCCAGGGACUGCCUGUAUUCUUAGUAUAUGGUAAAAUAAAUGGAGCAUCUCCGUUUGAUGCCAGGGCAGGGUCCAGACCCAGGGUCUCUGGGUCUGCUCCUCAUUCUCCUUCACCAGCUCCUCAGCAGCACCCAUGUUGCCUGUACAAGGGGACAGGGGAAGUGCUGGCCAUGAGCACUCAUUGUUUGGCCAAAUAAUAGUCAUCCUGUUGAUUUGGUUUGGUCUUCAUAAUUUUAUAUUCUGGUUUUACCAGAAUUGUUCUGUUGAAAAGAAUUUUUUUUCAAGAAUUAUUAAUUCUUUUUUUUUCUUUUAAGACAGGUUGCUGUGGCAUCUUAGCUCACAGCAACCUCAAACUCUUGGGUUUGAGUGUGAGUGAUCCUCUUGCCUCAGCCUCCCAAGUAACUGGGACUAUAAGCGCCUACCAUAGUUCUUGGCUAUUUUUUAGAGACGGGUUCUCUUUCUGGCUCAGGAUGGUCUUGAACCUUUGAGUUCAGGCAAUCUACCUGCCUCGGUCUCCCACAUCCUGCGAUUACAGGCAUGAACCACCGUGCCCGGCCUAAGAAUUAUUAGUUCUUGAUCAGAUUCAUCAGUAGAUGCUAUUAUUUUUAAGAGCUGUGAUGCUAGCAAAUUAGAGUGGUGCCCUUUUUCAGUUUUGAAUUAAAGCACAUACAAUUUCUAAAUUAACAUUUUAUAAAAUUUGUAAAUUUUAGCCCUUAACCUCAUUGCAUGCUAAUUGAAUAUCAUUUUAUAUUAAAAUAGUCCUUUUCCCUGUUGUGCCACUAUUUAUUCAAGAUUGUCAGCUGUGUAGCUGGGGCAACCUCAGACAUAUGACACUCACAUUUUUUUCUUAAAAUGCAUUUAAAGAAAAAUUAACCGAACUGAACUUUCAUACUUUACAUAAUCAGAUUUAUUACAAAUGUGUAUUGUAGUGACAGUGCCGUGGAUAGACAUAUUUCUCAAAUAUGCCUGUGCUGAGAAAAUAUUAUACCAACUGUCCUAGUCACCUCAUACAUAGUAAGAAUUGAACUUCUAAGACCAUAAAAAUUUAAAGUCUCAUCAGGGAUUUCCAGCUGUACUGUCUAAGGCAGCCUUUCCAAAGUAAAUUCAUGUUCCCAUUGAUGCUUAUUCUAUCUUUUGACUUUUGUUAACUUUUUCAUUUUGUAAAUUUUCUGGAAAGACCUCUUCAAUACAUCCCUUUAUAUGUGUGAUUGAUGGUCAUAAGAGUGACACUUAUGGGAAAAAGAAGUUUGGUGGAAAUUGUGAGAGACUAUUUUGUGCUUUUAUGGAUGUGUAUACUUGAUGAUAUGUGUAUAAGUUACUAAUAUAUGAAUUGAUCUAUUUGAAUUCCCUUUGGAUAAAGUUAUUUCUUGAUGUAA